CAAAUACCCCAAAUUACCCUUUUCGGUAAUUCGGAGCUGGCAAACUCAGAGUCAAAGGCAUGCCUAGGGCAAUUAGGGGAAAGAAACAAAAGAGUGGUGAGGGACUUCUACAAAGCCUUAACCUCCAAAGACACACAAACACUUUAUGGGCUUGUGGCUCAAGACUUGGAGUGGUGGUUCCAUGGACCACCAUGCCAUCGCCACCACUUGGUUCCAUGGCUGACUGGAUCCUCACCAUCGCCACCGUCUUUGGUUCCUGAUCUCGUCGUAGGGUUCGGCUCAGUUGUUGUGGCCGAAGGGUACGACGAGACCAAUUUAAUCUGGUGGGUGCACGCAUGGACCGUUAAUGAAAAUGGUGUCAUCACUCAAGUUAGAGAAUAUGUGAACACUGCCCUAACAGUGACUCAACUUGGUGUUGCCACGUCACCAUCACAGGCAGUGCAAAAUGCCUCUAAAUGCUUUAGCAUUUGGAAAAGCACUCUUUCGGAUGAGUCCGUACCUGGACUCAUUCUAACAAUUUAGUAUUUUCAAAGGAAAAGUCUAGGGGCCAGCAACUUUGUUAAAUUCUGGCCAGCAUAUAACUAGUAAAGAAAAGUGAGUCAUUGGAUGAAAUCUCAAACCAAUCUCACACCAUUAAAACUAUCAUUGAUAGCUAUUUGAUAGCUACAAAUCAUAAAAAUUGCUGGCCCUAUCAUUCCUCAUUUUCAAAUGUUUGUUGGCAUUUGAAUACUAAUUCGAUUAAUGUCGAAAUCACUGUAUAUGAUGCAUGUUAAUAAUGGAAAACCCUUGUUAGGUUUUCAGAACUGAACAUACUAUGCUCUUUGCCAGCAUAGUGUCAUGUUGAAAAUGUAUUGAGUCAUAUAGGUACCAAAUUAAAAGAGUGAGUGAGUAGUGAGUGUGAUCUAGUCAGUUGUUUUAAUAUCUUAUCUUAUAUGUUCUGUUUGAUUCUAGUUAUGGUCUUGUGGAAAUUAUGGGUGGUUAUAUAUGCAAUCACAUUAAUUAACCACGUCAUAUGCCACGUCCUAUCAUUUGUGGAUGUAAUGUCACCGUGCUUUGUUUGUAUAUAUGUUUAGUUUUAUUAGCUUUUCUUGAUUAAUAAAUUCCAAUGUAAAAAUAUAUGGUUGCCAACAA